AUGGCGGGCCCGGGAGCCCAGGACAGCCGCCGCCUGCUUCAUGCCCGCCCCUCUGGGUGGGGGGACCCGAAGGAGGAGAAGCAGAUGCUGGGAGUGUCUUUGGUGUGGCCAGAGGCCUGGGCCUGGCCCCGUCUGCCCCAAAGGAGCCUCCUGCACCCUGACCCGUGCUGGGCCUCUGGGAGAGCCUGCAGGGACCCUCCUGAGCGAGCCCUCCUGGUCCUGGAGCGGAGCAUUCGGGAGAGCUUCGUGGGGCCCGGCACGUGCCCCCGGUGUCCCCCCUGCUCUGCUCCCGGCGUCCCCCCACUCUCUUCCUGGAGGCUGAUGGAGGGAUCAGAGCAGCCAAGCCUCCCGCGGGUGGCGAGAGCCCUUCAGGCCCACAUCCCCGCCAUCCACUCGCCCUCUUGCCGGAGCAGCAUGCUCUGGUUCCACGUUCUCCUCAGCUUCCCCUUCAAGCAUUGGACUCCAGGACUCCACCUGGAGGCUCUGGACACCGUGGACCAGUGUGCUCUGGGCACCCAUCAGUGCCAGCAUGUCUGCGUGAGCGAUGGAGACGGCGCCCAUCACUGCGAAUGCAGCCAAGGGUACGCCUUGAACGAAGACCAGAAAACCUGCUCAGCUGUUGAUAUGUGCGCUCUGGACACGCAUGGCUGUGAGCACAUCUGUGUGGGGGACAGUGCUGGGGGCUUCCACUGUGAGUGCUACGAAGGCUACCUCCUGGCGGAAGACAAGAAGAGCUGCUCAGCCCAGGAUAAGUGCGCCUUCGGCACCCACGGGUGUCAGCAGCUCUGCGUGAGCGACGGGCCCGGAGCCCACCAUUGCGAGUGCUUCGAAGGCUACAUCCUGAAUGCCGACCAGAAGACAUGCUCAGCCCGCAACGUCUGCGCUCUGGGCACCUACCGCUGCCAGCAGCUCUGUGUGAGGGACGGGCCUGGCGCCUACCACUGUGAGUGCCAGCCGGGAUACCAGCUGCAGGAGGAUGGGCGCUCGUGUGCAGCCGUCGAGGAGGCCCGGAGCCUGAUCUCCAGGGAGGACGCCUGCAGCUGCGAGGCCUCCCUGGCCUUCCAGGAGAAGGUCACCUCCCGCCUCCGGAGCCUGGCAUCCAAGCUCGACGACAUCUUGGAGAAGUUGCAAGUCAGUGCUUUGAGACAGCUCCACCGCUAGAGCCGCCCUUCGUGCCAGCUGCCUAGCUUUAUGGGCCUCUGUUGCUGCGGCUGUGGUGCUUCCCCGCCACCAAAAACUUCACUGAGCAAACAGCGAGAUGGAUUUCCACAGUCCCUCUCUCUG